AUGCCUCCGAUCAAUUCAAAGAAAUCAAAGCAGAGUAGAGCAAGAAUCAAGCGAAUAAUGCAAUUAGAUGAAGAAGUAGGUAAAUUAGCUUCUGCAACUCCCGUAAUGAUAUCGAAAUCACUGGAAUGUUUCAUGCAGCAAUUGAUAGAUGAAACGUGUAAAGAAACUAGGUCAAGAGGAUCGAAGAAGAUGACUGCUUAUCAUUUAAAACACAUGAUCAAUUCAAAUCCAACAUUCGAUUUUUUGCGUGAAGUAGUAGAAUCAAUACCCGAUCCAAUAAUAUCAGAAUCAUCUUCUAAACCAGGUCCAUCAAAGCCACGUAAAGUCUCAAACCCAAAUCCCAAUCUCAACGAUCCUUCAUCCGGUGGUGGGGCACCCAGGAAAAGGAUGAAAAGAGAUCAGAAUGGUGUUGUGCAUCAAGUACAAGAAGGAGAUGCUGGAAUCCCGAAUGCAAAUAUUUUGCCUAAUAUAGGGACUUGGAAAAGAGAAUUUACGGGCUCAGGCGGUACAGGUGAAAAUGGGAGAGGAAUAUUUGAUGAUUAUGAAGAAGAUGAAGAGGAUUAUUGA